ACCCAUACCAUUCUCGACCUCGACUUUCGUAUUUGGUCGGCUUUGUUGUCCUUGGUUUUCGGUGGUACAAAAAAUAUUAUUUACCUUUAUCGAAAAAUAAUAAUACAGUCGUGGUUGUGUAUUUUAUUGUUCUAUGUUCCCUGACUUUCAGGGCCAAACAGUAAUUCAACAGUGUUAGUUUGUUCAAGUGCGACAAUUUAAAUAACAUGACAUAUUCACUGCAUAUGCACUAUGCAGUAAAAUUCGAUGUUUAAAAGCAAUAAACUAGUAGUAGUCCCACCUACAGUAAUAAACUAGUUUAAUUAUCAUAUUCUGGAUAAAACUUUUUAUAUUUGGGUGCCAAUUCUCGAAAACUAAUCUAAAGUACACAUAAAAGAUUCCAGUUGGUUCACAAAGAAUGGAGGUCAGCAACAACUUGCUUGAUAAACUAAAAUUGUACGGAGUCGGACAACGUAAACUGGAUGAUGUACUUUUUGUGAACGACAAACCGCCUCCCAGACUUGGAAUAUAUGAUUUCGAUGAAGAAAUCUUCUGCCAUGACUUGGUAGUAUCAACAUGCAACAUACCAGGAUGCUCAUUCAAAACGGAAACUAUAUUGGAUUUUGAGAAUCAUUACAACUCAGCUCAUAGGUACAGCUGUUCACAGUGCAAAAAGAUACUUCCUACUCCUCACUUGUUGGACUUGCACAUUCAAGAAACACAUGAUUCCUUUUUUGCUGUGUUAUCAGAGAAGAAACCUUCGUAUUCCUGCUACAUACAAGAAUGCCCACAGAAGUUUAUGACCGCUAAUGACAGAUUACAACAUUGCGUCGACGACCACAAGUUACCAAAGGAAUUCCGGUUCGACACAAAACCGUGUCACAAGGGCAAGAAGAAAGGCAAAUCAAAACAAAGCUCUGACAAUAACGUUCAGUCCAUGGAACACGAUGGUGAAAGCUCAAGCGACGUCAAAAAGAAAGUGGUCCUAACCACAAGCAAAAAUAGGACAUUUGCAAAAUACUGCGGCAAAAAAUUCACGAAAAGUGACACGAAAACUUCUAAAGAUGUCAACAUGGAUGAAGUAAUGGCUGAUUUGAAGGAAAGUUUACCGGAAUAAAAGAAAUAAAUAAUGUUUAAA